AACCGGGAGCCGCUUCAGGGGUUUUUUUUAGGAGUCAGCAAGAUGGCAGAAGACAUCAAGACCAAAAUCAAGAAUUACCAGACUGCCCCUUUCGACAGCCGCUUCCCCAACCAGAAUCAGACCAGGAACUGUUGGCAGAACUACCUGGACUUCCACCGCUGUGAGAAGGCAAUGACUGCUAAAGGGGGUGAUGUCUCCGUGUGCGAAUGGUACCGGCGUGUGUACAAGUCUCUGUGCCCCAUAUCCUGGGUGUCGACCUGGGAUGACCGCCGGGCAGAAGGCACAUUUCCUGGGAAGAUCUAAACUGGCUCCACCCCACCUCUCUUCUGUCCUCCGUCCUUCUCCCGGGGAGGUGAAGGGAGACCUGGGUACAUCCCGCCCUGGGAUCCUGAAUCAUGGCUUAACUAAUAAUAAAUACUUGUUGGAAAAGUGUAAAAAAAAAAAAAAAA